AUGGAGGGUGGUUCGAAAACAGACGAGACACAAGCGGUAGACGUAGAGCCCCUUUCUCAGGACAAAGAGACACCCGACAACACAAGAGCGAGACACACUGGUGAGAUCGUCAGGCGUAUGAUACGCGAGUUGCCGAAGGAUAUGCGCCGUGAUCGCUGGUCAAGAACGAACAAGCAUCUGUGCGAUGCCCACCAGGGUCUGAAUGCAAAUCUUAUGGCCGAUGUGUUCAAUCUUGUUCAGAGGGAGGUCGGUCACCACCUCCGCAAGUUUGACGCGUACCCGGACCUGCUGAAGCCCCUCGAUGUAUUGAUCCUGCAGAAGCUGCAGGCUAUACGGGGCAUGUGGGAGAAACCUGACCCGAAAAACAAGGCUGUCUCACAAGCAUGGCACUAUGAGAUCAGCUGCUGUCAGGGGUGUAUGGUGGCUCGGAUUGCGAGUGACAAGCAUGCGCUGCGCAAUCUUCGAAUCGCUUUGCUCUCUCGCACGCAGACCCGUCUGAACCAUGCCCCACGAAGACUUAUGAAAUUUGUCGAUACCUGCAUUGACCUAUUCCCUGAUGACGUUGAUGAGCUGUAUGGCACAUCUAGCCAGUUUGCAUUCAUCUUGAAAGAUACCCGCAAGGCCUGCAGCAAGGCCUGGGCCAAAGACCCAGCACAUGCGGAUUCGAGGACCCCACAGCGAAGGCACACCGACCAUGACAAGAUCGACAAGGGUGACAGAAACGAAAAGAUCGGAAAGGAUGCACAUAGCCAUCAACCAGCUAGUGAGUAUGAUCCGAGGAAGAAGUAUCCCCAGCCACCACCACCAAUCACAUUAUCACACCCUACGGAAAGGGCGCAGAAUAUAUCGCCUGACGUCGGGCCAUUCCAGAUGGCCGUAAGAUCAUCGUACCAUACGGAGCUAGAUCGACGCUCAGACCCGAACCCGGAACGCAUCACUAGAUUUUUGGAUUUCGCCGAUGACAAUUACCAAGGCUUAGGAAUAAGCACGGAAAGGCAAAGUGCGAGCACUUUUUAUGGACACCCUGGAAACCCCCCGUCACCGAGCACCGCAAGCACACUCUUGGGAACCAUGGAGGAAAUCGACAAACUUCUUGAGAUGUACAAGGGUAUGGGAGCAAACCCCUACUCGCACAGCACGCAAUAUUGUUCAUUGCAUGGGGGUAGCGGUGCCUCAUCACAGUGUCGUUCCCCGUCGAUCUAUUCCACUGGCAGUGAAUGGAGUGACGAAGACGAAGACUGGAGGAUGCCAGAAAGUGGCCCAGCAGCGAGGACCACUUGA